AUGGAGUGCAUAUACAUGGCCAUGUUCUUGAACGGACAGAAACAUUGGAUCGCUAUGGAGGUCAAUCUUGAGUUGUGGAAGAUAUUCCUCUUCGAUUCGAGUCUUGGAUCUCUAACGAAAGACGAACUGAAUUCGCUUAUGGAUGUGUGGUGCCCUUUACUAGCCAAAUUGGUGGACCAGUGUGGUGUAUGUGACACUCAUUACAUGGUGAUGGUCCCUCAAAUGACAGCCUCCGAAAGCCAGGUCAGACCCUUCGACUGGGAUAUAAUGGACAAUAAAGUUGUACCUCAGACAAAAUCGAGCGGCGAUUGUGGAAUGUACGUCAUAGAGCAUAUUGAGCAUAAGUUAUUGGAUCUACCAUUCGAUGGAGUACAUGAUCAGCAUAUGUCGCUCUUUCGCCAGAGAUGGGCAGUAGAUUUAUUCUACCAGAACUUGGCAUGA